UUAAGAAAACAAACAUCAAUCCACCUCAUCAUUCAAUUUAUAGUGUCCUCAAAAUGUAAGCUGAUUUGAACUUACUCAUUUUUUAUUAAAUCCGUUGGUGAGCAACCGGAUUAGCUUGUUUUAACACUUCUACACGAUACAAAAUACAGGUAGUUUUAAAAGAUGAGGAGUGUAGGAAGUAAAUAUUGAGUUUCAGAAAGUAAUUGACCAAACCAAACCCAUGUGGGCCCAAUUAUAUUUAUUACUACCCACCCUACCGUUGUAACACUCCCGCUCACUGUAGUUUGAAAUUCCGAACGAAUUUGCAGAAGCAGACACAGUAAUCUAUUCAUUCCAAAUCCAAUUACCAAUUCAUGGAAACACAAAACUACAACUAACAGAAAAGGAGUGAUAAUAUCGUAUUAUCAUGGAUUCCGUUUCUAACAUUCCGCUUCUAGACGAAGACGAUUCGUUGCUCUUCGAUGAUUCAGCACCGGCCACCGCAGAUGUCUUCUCUUGCUCCCCUCUCAUACCUAUCAGAUCGAUUCCUCUUCAAACCGGUUAGUAUUUUUUGCUAUGGAAUUCUCUCUUUUUGUUUUCCAUUUCUGGAUGAUUUUUUUUAUGAAUAAUUGUUGAUUUAAUACUGAUUUACGCAAUGCACCUGCAGAAAACGGAGUUGCGGAUUCUGAAAAUCGAAAUUCCUCCGUUAGUGACAGUGCGAACAAAGAGAACGCGGAUUGGAACAAACUGCAGAAGCUUAGCUUGGAGCCUCAUCAAAUGAAGAAGAAGAAGAAAGGAGGCGGUUACAAUUUGCGCAAGAGCUUGGCGUGGAAUCGAGCUUUCUUUACUGAAGAAGGCACUAUCUUCUCUCCAUUAUCCGUUAAUUAACAAUGAAAAUCGAUCACUCUAAUUGUUCUACUAUUUGAUUGAUUGAUUAAUUAAUUAAUUAAUUGGUUGAUUUGUUCUGAAUCUUACUUUUCAGGUGUUUUGAAUCCGGAGGAGCUUUCUAUGAUUAGUGGCACUGCCUCUUCUAAGUCAGGGUUGGAUUUGGAAGUGAUCCACGAAGAAGAGUACGUAGGUACAUCGUUAAAUUUGCAGGAGAUUGGAGAAAAUUUGUUUAUGCAUUCAUCCGAUGCUCUUCCUUUUGAAGAUAGAAAGAUUGGUGCUCGGUUUUCUCCAAAGCCUGCUGCAUUAGCCAAAGCUUCUACUGCCCCGGUUUCAUCGGUCAGUCUUUAUACUCUUUGCGCGAAAGAUGAUAGUGUAUAAUUGAACUCUUCUGAUUUAUGUCACUCGUUACUUUGUUUACUUGUUGGUUAGGCCAAGAGGAAAAUAAUUACUGUCAAUGACUCCGUUGGCAACAGACCUAAACGCAAUGCUUGUCCUCCACGGCUGCCAGUAGCUUCGUCCUCAUAUCCUUGUCAUUUCUUGUUUAGGAUAGAUAUUAAGUGGAGUGUCUCUGCUAUGGAAUUGAGUUGUUUUUUUUUUCUUUCUUUCUCUGUCGAAUUAUGGAAGUGUUUACCUUGACCCCUUUGCAAAUUAAAAAGACCUAGCACAGUGAAAGCGCCGAGUAAAGAAGUGAAAGUCGCCAGGACACCUGGUCCUAAAUUGGAUGUUUCUGCCAGUACAACAACUGCUAGGAGUCGAAUCUUGACCGCAGGUUUCUCCAAGAGAAAUCAGAAUGCACCUCCUGCCACUAAUCCUCUGAAGCACGCUGGAGUAAAAGCCUUGUCAAAAAAUCCUAAAACCAUCCCAAGUAACCCUAAGGUUGUUCAUGCUGAUAAAGGUUCGGUUACCAGAACACUAGCCACGCCAGUUGGGAAACACUUGAAUAACUCAGUUGAAACACAUCCACCAGCCAGAAAGAUUCAGUCAGGAACUGAAGCAAAUAAGGUGUCAGAAACUAGUCUCUCACGAGGCCCAUCUGACGUUAGUGAGAAAAAGCAAGAGACACAACUUCAAACAACAAAAUUAUCAGGCCUGCGGAUGCCAUCUCCCUCACUGGGAUUCUUUUCUAUGGCAAAAGCUCCCAGUUCACAUAGCCAAUUACAGAAAACUUCUAAACCUUGCAAGCCUGCUAAGAGUAACAUUCUUAAAUUACAGAAUUUAGAAACAAAUUCUGUUAAUGAGGCAAGACUCAAACAUGCACCUGCGAUGAGGUCUGAAAUUGUCAAAGGGAAGAAUUGCACUGAGGAGUUAAGCCUUUUAGAUGAAAAGUCAGAAUUGAGCAUGCAAGUGGAUGAUAAGCAGAUGACUUGUGUAGAAGCGAAAGAUAAUUCUGUGGGCUCUGAAAAAAUAAGCAAGCAAGAAAAUGUUGAAAACAUUCUUGGUAAUGUCAACGUAACAUACGAGGAACACGGAGAACUAUGUAGCAGUAAUAAUGCUUCUAGCGUGGAGGAUGCGGUAUUUCCUAGACAUGAAAAAAAGCUUCUUUCAGAGAGUCACGCUCAAGUGAAAUUGGAGAAAGAAACUGGUCAGCCUGAUCUUUCGUUAAAAGGGUAUCAAUCUGUAUUGCAGCAACGACUAUCGAUGCACCAUCAUGGUGGUGCUGCUGAUCUUGUUAAAAGUGGAGGAGAUGCUCAAAAACAUUUGUUGAAAUGGAAUCUCUCAGUCAAUUGUAGUGAAACCACCGAAAGUAAUUUAGAGGCAGUUAAUCAACAGUUCCAGGGGGAACAACUUAAGACUACAAGUGCUGUUAGGGUGGGGGAAAUCAUGUCAACAAGAGAAAGUGAAUCUCAUGUAAAUAGUUGUCAGAAGUCUACACCAGAAAUCAAAUGUGCUGCUGCAAGUGAACCAAAAAUAGAGAAAACAAUUUUAUUUGAGGGUGCAUUAUGUGAUAUGUAUACAAGUGAAAACAGUGCUUCCAAUAAUCAUAGUCAGGCUAUGCCUGAAAACAAAGAUGGAAAUAUUCGUACGGAUGAUUUGCCAAUCGAUGAUGCAAAAGAAGGUUAUUCUAACAUGUUGCCUUUAGAUGAAUUUCAACUCAAUGGCAACAUUCAGAAAAUGUCUGAAAACAAAGAUGGAGAUCUUGAUAUGGAUGAUGUCAAAGACGGUUCUUCUGAUAUAUUGCCUCUAGUUGAAGUUCAACUCGAUGACAACAUUCAGGCCAUUACUGAAAACAAUGGAAGAAAUCUUGAUAUGGAUGAUUUGCAAACGGAUAAUGCAAAAGAAGGUUCUUCUGACGUGUUUCUUUCAGUUGAAGUUCAAGUCAAUGACAACAUUCAUGAUAUGUCUGAAAACAGUGAUGGAAACGUUGAUAUGGAUGAUUCAAAAGAAUGUUCUUCUGUCAUAUUGCCUUUAGUUGAAGUUCAACUCAGUGACAACAUUCAGAAAAUGUCUGAAAACAAAGAUGGAAAUCUUGAUAUGGAUGAUGUCAAAGACGGUUCUUCUGAUAUAUUGCCUCUAGUUGAAGUUCAACUCGAUGACAACAUUCAGGCCAUGACUGAAAACAAUGGAAGAAAUCUUGAUAUGGAUGAUUUGCAAACGGAAAAUGCAAAAGAAGGUUCUUCUGACAUGUUUCUUUCAGUUAAAGUUAAAGUCAAUGACAACAUUCAGGAUAUGUCUGAAAACAGUGAUGGAAACGUUGAUAUGGAUGAUUCAAAAGAAUGUUCUUCUGUCAUAUUGCCUUUAGUUGAAGUUCAACUCAGUGACAACAUUCAGGCUAUUUCUGAAAACAAUGAUGAAAUUCUUGACAUGGACAAUGCAAAAGAAGGUUCUUCUGAUAUAUUGCCUCUAGUUGAAGUUCAACUGGAUGACAACAUUCAGGCCAUGUCUGAGAACAAUGAAAGAAAUCUUUUUAUGAAUGAUGCAAAAAAAGAUUCUUCUGACAUGUUGCCUUUAGUUGAAGUUCGAGUCAAUGACAACAUUGUGGAUGUGUCUGAAAAUAGUGAUGGAAAUCAUGAUAUGGAUGAUUCAGAAGAAUGUUCUUCUGACAUAUUGCCUUUAGUUGAAGUUCAACUCAUUGACAACAUUCAGGCUAUUUCUGGAAACAAUGAUGAAAAGCUUGACAUGGACGAUGCAAAAGAAGGUUCUUCUGAGACAUUGCCUCGAGUUGAAGUUCAACACGAUGAAAAUAUUCAGGCCAUGUAUGAAAACAGUGAAAGAAAUCUUUAUAUGGAUGAUUUGCAAGUGGAAUUUGCUAAAGGUUCUUCUGACACGUUGCCUUUAGUUGAAGUUCAAGUCAGUGACAAUAUGCAGCAUGUGUCUGAAAACAAUGAGGGAAAUCUUGAUAUGGAUGAUUCAAAAGAAUGUUCUUCGGACAUAUUGCCUUUAGUUGAAGUUCAAGUCAAUGACAACAUUAUAUCUUCUGAACGCAUUUCUUCUUCAGCAGUGAACAAAGAUUCUUUUGCAGAUGUAGUUGCCUGGAAACCUGAGGAGCGUUGUUCUUUAAGUGAAAGUUCAAAUUUACCAGCUUCAGAUCAUCUAACCUUCAACCUAGAUGAAUUUUCCGAUACUGACAUGCUAUAUCAGUCCAAAGGUGGCAUUUACUUUGCAGAAGACAACAGAAAAAUAAUUCACUUACAUGAAUCUGCUGCUAAAAGCAAGCAGGAAGUUCUUACAGGGAAUCUUCCAACAAAUGCUGCUCCAUUUUCUGAUGAAUGGUUUACUGCAACCGAUUCCGCUGAACAGUUGAAUCAAAAUCCCCCCCGUGGAGAUAGGCGGGAAACUGUUGCUUGUGAUACUGAGCUUCGAGAUGAUGGUUCUUCUAGGGAUGCUUCUAUUCAGCAUCAUGUUCACGGUGAUGUGACGGGAAACAUUGAUCAACAAACUAGCACGAGUACAUAUUCUAAAGCUGAAGAAAUGCUUUGUGAGUACAAGGGUUUGGAACCAAAUCAUGAUGACGUGGUUGAUCACAAUCAAUUUUCUGAAGUAUGUGAAGAUUUCAUUUCAAACACCAAAGAUUCUAUGGGCAGUGGAGCAGAAAAACCUUCUGACCAUAUACAGCAUUCACUAUUGGGUCAGUUUGUCGACGAAUUUAAUCAGACUAACAGAGAAAUUGAGGAAUCACAUUUGACCACACAAGUGCAGUCACUUACUGAAAACCCAGUGUUAUACAACUGCAACAGUAAACAAUGUCUUGCUGUUUCUUAUGGUAAGUUUCCAUUGGCCGCCAGUGACAAUGUAAAUGAAAAUUCUCAAGAUCCUGAUUUUCAAGGGCCUUGUGCUAUUGUUGGUGUAGAUUUCCAGAAUGUUGAUGACAUACAGUUACCCUUGGAUGGUAAUUGGCUGUCCACAAAUACAGCUUCUUCUGAAGAAACCAAGAAAACAAAUUUGUCUGAAAAUGCAUUAAAAGGAUGUGAUGUCCGUACAGGUGAGUACAAGGCUUCCAAUGACCAUAUUCAGGCCAUGCCUGAAAACGAAGAUAGAUAUCUUUAUGCGGAUGAGAGGCGAGAGCAUUUGCAAACGAAUGAUGCAAAGAAAGGUUCUUCAGACAUAUUGCCAGCAGUUGAAGUUCAACUCAAAGACAACGUUGUAUCUUCUGAAUGCAAUUCGUUUAUAGAAGAGAGCAAAGACUCCUUUACAGAUGAAGUUGCUUGGAAACCUGAAGAGCAUCGUUCAAGUGAAAGUUCAAGCUUACCAGCUUCAGAUAAUCUUGCCUCCAACAAGAGAGUCCAGCAGGUCUGUGAAAUUAGUUUGUUGAACUCUACAACUUUUUCAGAAGAAGCUGGAACUAAUAUUUUUGAGAAAGACGAGUCUCCUAAUACCGACAUGGAGCACCAAUCAAAAGGUGACAUUAAUUAUGCAGAAGACAGCAACAAAAUAAUUCAUUUGCAGGAAUCCGCAACUCAAAGCAAGCGGGAAGUUCCUACAUUGAAGCCUCCGCCAAAUGCUGCUCCAUUUUCUGAAGAAUGGUUAGCUGCAAUUGAAGCCGCCGGAGAGGAGAUCUUAACGAUGAAAGGCGGUGCUGUACAAAAUUCUCCCACUGAGAAGCCUCAGCACGAACCUGGUCCUUGGUCCCCGGUGAGACGUAAGAAUCAAUCAAUUGGACCCUUUGAUUGUACCAAACACAAUAUCCAGCCUUCCAGUUCAUAAUGACAAAACUGAGAUUCAGUCCUUAGUAAAUUACUAACCAAUUUUUCUGCUACGCAUAUAGAAUUGCCGGUUACCAGAAUCAUGCCAUAGUCUGAAGAUGCCCGAUAAAUAAAUAGUAAAUAGUAUCCUGAUUCAGAUUGUUCUCGAAUUGUAAAUGAUAUUUUUUGUUCUACUUAUUACAAAGAACUUUUUGUUUUUUCCACGAGCUAUAUAUAUGAGGGUAAUUAGUCUCCA